CCGAGGGCAGGAGAGCUGGGAUCUUUCAGACACAGCGAGGCAGUUUUGUGCAAGCAGGACAAUGGCAUCUCUCAGCCACAUCUUGGUUCUCUGGGUCGGGAUCCUCACCGUGGUCAACGCAGAAGCUCCACAGGAACACGACCCAUUCACCUAUGACUACCAAUCCCUUCGGAUCGGAGGCCUCAUCAUCGCCGGAAUCCUCUUCAUCCUGGGCAUACUCAUCGUCUUGAGUGGGUACCCCCACACUGCCUCCAGCCAUGCUUCUGCGCGUGUCUGCUCCAGCCCCGCCCUGUCCCCGCCCCGCCUCCAACCCCGCCUCUAUCCCAGCCCUUGGCCCCGCCCUUGUUUCUGCCCUGCACCUGUUCUGCCCUGGGCCCGUCUCUGUCUCGCCUUCGGACCCGCCCUCGCCCCUUCCUAUCCCCGCCCUCGGCCCCGCCCCUGUUCCUGCCCCACCCUUAUCCCCGCCCCCCAGCCUCUUCUGCCCUGGCUCGCGCGCGAGCUCUGGCUGGCUGUGCGGCACUGAGCAGAAUAUCAGCGCGCUCUUCCUCACACCCCACCCACAGGCAGAAGAUGCCGGUGCAAGUUCAACCAGCAGCAGAGGACUGGGGAGCCUGAUGAAGAGGAGGGAACUUUCCGCAGCUCCAUCCGCCGUCUGUCCACCCGCAGGCGGUAGAAACACCUGGCGCUAUGGAACCCAGCCAGGAUUCCCCUGGCACCUGACGCCCCCCACCCACCGUCCGCGCGCCCACCACCACCUGGACUGCACUCUCCGCCAGCUCUGCGCCCACAGACUCCUCUCUGCUGCCCAGAUUUCCAAUAAAACGUGCUUUUCUCUCUUGACAGCGCUCUGUUGCUCUGUCAGUCCCUUCGCGUGGAAAGCCUGGGAGCCCCCUUGGCCCCGGCAGGGGGCGCCCCCACCCUUGGGGAAGGGGCGGGGACGUCGGCAGUGGGCGGGGGCGGGGGCGGGGGUGGCCGGGACGGGGGCGGGCUCUCCGGGCCCCCAUUGGCUACGGCCCCCCCCAAGAGCAGGGCUCUUCCCCCCAUCUCCCCCCGACACCAGUCUGUCCCGCUUCCAGCUGCUGCAGCCGCACCUUCACCGCCUCGACAUCCAGCCACCCCCUGAUCCUGACGGGUUCAGCAUGGCGACCCCUACCCAGGUCCCCACAAAGGUUCCUCAGGAACCUGACCCAUUUUACUAUGACUAUGACACUGUGCAGACUGUGGGCAUGACUCUGGCUACCAUAUUGUUCCUGCUGGGCAUCCUCAUCAUCAUCAGCAAGAAGGUGAAGUGCAGGAAGGCCGACUCCGGGUCCGAGAGCCCAACAUGCAAAUCCUGUAAGUCGGAGCUUCCCUCCUCAGCCCCUGGAGGUGGUGGUGUGUAAAACCAGCCCUGGGCACCUCCGCUGCUGUCCCUGCCUGAGUGCGGGAGCCUGAGGUCCGGGUGGAGGCGGUGGGGACCCCAGCCUUGCCCCGGGAGCGCUUCCCUGAAUGAGCCGCCCCACCCACUCCAAGGCUGGAGCCGCCGCACCUCCCCAGGCCUUGGCAAUGACGACCCCCCAAAGAGCCCGUCUGCAUCCCAGAUCCAGGGACCCAGGCCUCCAGCUCCUGGGGUCCAGGAGUCCACCCUCAGCCCCCCAGAAUCCCCGUGUCCCUCUUCCCGGCACCUCCCUGUCUCCUCUCAGAAGAUCCGUUCCCCCCGCCCCACCUCCCGCAUCCCCGGUGUCCAUGUCUUGAGCUUAAUAAAUGUGCAUUUGGUUUUUC